AUGGCAGAUACACAGCCAACACUCAGUGAUCUCGCAGCUAAGAUUACCGAGCUUUCCGAGACUUUCACUCGCCAUCUCCGCGAGAAUGACGUUCAACCCCCAACGUUUGCGGCUAAUAGCCCCAUCAGCUACAGCAAAUUGACACCAGAAAUGUUUUAUAUUCGCCAGAUGCUAGCGGAUGCGCUGAUGGAUAUGUGGUAUCUCACACAGGGGCCAAGCGAGAGCAUUUUCAAUUAUGUUCAUACUUGCAUGCCUGAUGCUGCGGCUCUUAAUAUCAUGAACUAUUUUGAUUUUUGGUCUGCUGUUCCUCUAGAUGGCUCCGCUUCGUAUGCAGACAUUGCAAAACACACCUCUCUUCCACAGGAUGUCGUUGAACGCGUCUUGGCGCAUGCCACAACUCUACGCUUGUUUUCGGAAACGGAGCCUGGCAAGUCAACGUCACGCAUUCAGCAUACGUCCAGAUCGGCUGCGCUGGCCCGCUCCCCUGGGCUGAAAGCUCUCGUUUCCACGAUUCUGGACGACGCCGGCCCUCCUAUGAUGGUUAUGAACCAGGCUCUGGAGAAAUACAGUUGCGGGAAGCCUGCCUUGACCAAAGAUAUGAGCGAGACGUCCUUUGCCUUGCUUCACAGCGGCGGAGCAUUCGGCAACUUUGCGAACUCUUGGGACUUUAUCGAGAACGAUGGCGAGGGAGAGAAAAAGGGGUGGCGACAGAGGAACUUUGUUGAAUUUAUGCGCUAUCUCAAGGAGAUCUUCCACCUCGAAAAAGCAGUAUUGGACUCUUAUGACUGGAAGGCGGCAGGGAAAAUCACUGUGGUCGAUCUUGGCGGCUCGGGAGGCCAUGACGAUAUCGCGUUAGCGCAAGCCUUCCCCGACCUCACCAUCACAGUUCAGGACUUACCCGAAGUCAAGCCCACAUUUGAAGCAACAGUCCCCGCAGACCUCAAAUCCCGCGUAUCAUUCAUGGAACACGACUUUUUCAAACCCCAACCCGUCCAAGCAGACAUCUACAUGCUCAAACUUAUUCUCCACGACUGGCCAGACCACGAGUCCGUUCAGAUAUUGCAGGCUCUACGGCCAGCCCUGAAGCCCGGUUCUCGUGUGCUUUUCAUCGACUAUGUCGGCAAGCAGGGCGAGACGGAAGGCUCACCGCUGCCCCGCUCCAUACAGCAGAUGGGCACGGCGACGGAUCUGAGGAUGAUGGCGCUGUUUAAUGCGAAAGAGCGUCCUGUUGAGGCUUGGAGGGACAUCUUCCGUGCUGCGGAUGAGCGGUUUGAGAUUGUGCGUCUGGAGGCUAACCCAUUGACAUUCUUUGUGGUGAUUGAAGCUGUCUGGCGGGAGUGA